CGUCAGGUUGCACGGGCAACAAAAGCAUCCGCAAAGGCCUUAUCGCUCCUUCCAAUCACACAUCCCGCACCCGCCAGCUCUUGCGGAGCGCCUUUAGGCCCUGGACCUGAAGCUACGCCUCGCCUCCUAGGUACCACCCCAGCACCACCCCAGCACCACCAGCCUUACUCACUCAUCAUUUAUCCGCUUCCAUUUCACUUCCAGACUUCAAAGAACCACCGCCUCUCAAAUUACAAACACCACUACCACCCCAACACAACAACCUCACCUACUCAACGACUACACUACACACCACCAUACGACUAUACGGUUUCCUGACGAUCACGAGUCUCGCAUCUGGUAUCUCGCAAACUUGAAUCAAGCAACCCCCAAAAGCUGUGUCGCAUAAGUAUUCGUCCUACGAUCCACUACCCAGCUCCUACUAGAUACCAAACCAACCAACCCUCACAAUGGCAUCCCCAGAAUCAGGAUACGGCGACGAGCCCAAGAAGAAGGUCGAACAGAUCACUUUCCGAUUUUGCAGUGAAUGGUAAGGUUGCAUCUGCUAUUCAUCUUCAUGCCGGAACACUAACAUACUCUGUAGCUCCAACAUGCUCUACCCCAAGGAAGAUCCGGACACCCACCGAUUGAACUUCGCCUGCCGAACUUGCCAAUACUCCGAGGAAGCUACCUCCGCCUGCGUAUUCCGAAACCAUCUCAGCACAUCCGUUGGAGAGACCGCUGGUGUCACUCAAGAUGUGGGAUCAGACCCUACUGUGGGUUUACCUCUCUGUUUACUGUGUGGUACAGUUGUGAUCUGUGAAGGCAGGAUCAAAGGAGGUGCUGGUGGCGCAGUGGAUGAUUCGCACCUGGAGAAUCCCAAGUCUUCUCCAAAAAAUAUGGAACAAGAUGAGGGAGGAACCGUGUCCAGACUUGAUGUCCAAGCGACUUCUUGCUGAUGUUUGAUUUUGCAUUUUCUAGCUCCCUAGGUCCAAUAAGCCAUGUCCAAAGUGUAAGACUGAGGAUGCGGUGUUUUUCCAGUCUCAACAGAGAACAGCAGAAACUGGCAUGGUAAGUUCUUCAUAUCCAUUAAUCUCAAUUACAUACGAACUGAUAUUUUCCAGGGAUUGUUCUACGUGUGUUGCGGGUGUGGACAUAUCUUUACAUAGAGACUUGGUGGGGUACACACAUGGUCCAGG